AUGCAAGGUAAUGAAUAGUAACAGACUGGAAGAAAUCUCCAAGUGGAUCCUGUAUAGCAGAUGUUGAGUAAGGCUUCAUGCUUGUUUCAACUCAUUGGAAGCAUGCUUCUAAAUAGGAAAUUACUUUACAGGUGAGAUUUUGCUCUUUUCGGUUUUUUUUGUUUCAGACGCUGAAUAAAGUUACACAUUAUGCUAAUGCCAUGACUCACCUAUGAAAACUUUUAAAACAGAUGGAUUUCCUUUUAGUCUUGUGAAGCUAAUUUGAUCCUUACCUUGCUUUAUUUAAUUAUCUUUGUAAGGUAAAAUUAGUCCCCAAUGAGCAUGUAAUGUAUGCAUGUCAUUUAGAUUAUCCAAAGUAAAUUGUUUUAUUAUUUCUCUGAUGGCAGUUUUAAUUUGCACACUGAGCUUUUGCACCACAGUGGCUAAUAUUAUAUCAGGCAUGAAAUCUAACAUAUAGAAACAUGUAGAAAAUGAUUGUGCAAUUUGACAAGUCUUCCACUUUUCAUAAUGUCAUUAAUUUCUUCUCUGUGAAGUCACACUCUUCUUCUGGACAACACACACUCUCUCAUUACCGCAGAAACAGUAGGGGUUCUUUGAGUGGGCACUACAUUGCUCUAAAUAACAUUAAUAAGCACAAUACUGGCUCCAAACACUCCAGAAAGCUCACAAUAUCUGCUUUGAAUUUCCCUGCACUUCUGUGUCACCUUUAUAGAGCAUGUGGAACUUUCUGUAGUUUACUAGACCCUUAUGGGAUAAACAACACACACCAACAUGUGUGCCCGGAGCAGGAGGGAGAGAGAGACACACACAUCGGCUUUGAUCUGAUAUCUGCUAAUUCCUUUAACUCGGCGUGACGGCUAAACAAAACCAACUAUUUGUCAAACAUAAUUUCCUUUCGUCUUGCUAUGGCUUGAAAUGUGUGUUCUGAAAGGAAGUCAAAUUAAGUCCUCUCUGAACUCUGCAGGAGUGUUUCUUUUGUCAAGUUAGAACGAUGACAAACAAUUGUUUGUUCUCCUGGUGUGUAAACACAUUCAUGGCUGAUUAACAUCAGUUCAUAGAAGCCGUGAAAUGGGACAGUGAAUGGCACAGUGUGAGCUUCUGAGGUAGAGACGUGUAGUGUAUUCAGCUGUCAUUGACAAAUUAUGAAGAUGGCAUUUCCUCUUAGGGAGUGGGAUUUGGUGUUUGAUGGCCAAUGUGUGUAUAGCACAAGAGGCUGGUGAGGGGAGGAGAGCUCAUAAUAAUGACUGGAAUGAAGUGAAUGGAAUGGUAUCAAACACACAAGGAAACCAUUCCAUUCCAGCCAUUACUAUGAGCCCGUCCUCCCAAAUGACGGUGCCACCAGCCGCCUGUGGUGUAUAGGCCUCGCUUUUACCCAGGAUGCACAACUCCAGUCCACAAGAACAGUAUCCCUGCUGUUUUCUAUUGCUCCCUGGCACUGAAUUGAUCAGUUCAUAUCAUUGAUUGCCCAGAGAGUGCACAUACCUGGCUUCCUAUGUCUGAUCAAAAGACAGCAGGCUCUGUAACCCCUUGAGGACCGGAGUUGUGCACCCCCUGGUUCAACCUGAACUCCUCUGAAGAGUUAAUAACAGUGAUCUGAAGGGUUAACAGUUAAACGUCCUGCUGAGCAUAUUGACAAUCCACUAGAGACACUCUCUCACAUGGCUCCUCCUAGACACUACCCUCCGAAUCAAGGGCUGUCUUCUGAAUGGAAUCAGACAAGGUGACCUUUCUAGAUUCCUGCUGAGGUCCAGAUGUUAAAUGUACCAUGAGGCCCUGUCAUUGAAUAGGACAAACGUUUAUAAAAGUAGAACUGGCAUUGAAUCCCAGUGAAUAUUUUCUAUACUGAACAAAAAUAUAAACGCAACAUGUAAAGUGUUGGUCCCAUGUUUCAUGAGCUGAAAUAAAAGAUCCCAGAAAUGUUCCAUACGCACAAAAAGCUUAUUUCUCACAUAUGUUGUGCACUCAUUUGUUUACAUCCCUGUGAGUGAGCAUUUCUCCAUUGCCAAGAUAAUCCAUCCACCUGACAGGUGUGGUAUAUCAAGAAACUGAUUAAACAGCAUGAUCAUUACACAGGUGCACCUUGUGCUGGGGACAAUAAAAGGCCACUAAAAUGUGCAGUUUUGUCACACAAUACAAUGCCACAGAUGUCUCACGUUUUGUUGGAGCGUGCAAUUGGCAUGCUGACUGCAGGAAUGUCCAACAGAGCUGUUGCCAGAGAAUGUAAUGUUCAUUUCUCUACCAUAAGCCGCCUCCAACGUCGUUUUAGAGAAUUUGGCAGUACGUCAGGCCUCACAACCGCAGACCACGUGUAACCACGCCAGCCUAGGACCUCUACAUCCGGCUUCUUAACCUGCAGGAUCGUCUGAGACCAGCCACCCGGACAGCUGAUGAAACUGAGGACUAUUUCUGUCUGUAAUAAAGCCCUUUUGUGGGGAAAAACGUAUUCUGAUUGGCUGGGCCUGGCUCCCCAGUGGCUGUGCCCCUGCCCAGUCAUGUGAAAUCCAUAGAUUAGUGUCUAUUGAAUUUAUUCCAAUUGACUGAUUUCCUUAUAUGAACUAAAACUCAGUAAAAUCAUUGAAUUUGUUGCAUGUUGUGUUUAUAUUUCUGUUCAGUGUAUUAGCGGUACACCCAUGUCAUAUAGAUCUUCACAUCUUAUAUACAGUAGGUGUGUCCAAACUUUUGACUGGUACUGUAGAUCUUCCUCUACUCUUGUUUCAGCUUGUGCUGAUUGAAAUACUGCAUUAUUGAUAUGAAAAUGAAGGCAGUCACAUGCACUUGUGGUCUGUUUCUUGGGUAACUCUUCCGGCUGAGGUUCUUCAGACUGUUUGCACUUUAAGAAGAUGGUCCCUGAUCUGCUGUUUGUCUCUCUGUCCCUGCAGACAACCUGCUGAUUGACUACCAGUUCACCUUCAGCCUUCUCCAGGAGGAUGACCACCACUACACCGCCAUCAACUUCAUGGCCACUCCUGAACAGGUCAGCCAGUCACCACACAGAGGUCUCAGUCACCAUAGGACCGAAGGACGGUCUCAUGUAGCCUUUCUGUUAUGUAUUUUAUGCAUCCAUUUUGAUGGAAAACCGAGAAAACCCACAUUAGCAUUAUUCCAAGUCAUUCCAAACCAUCAUAAUGUUGGUUUGGAAUACGUGUGUUUGACCUCCUUUUGUGUUCAUAUUUUACAGAGCAACAAGAACCUGGACAUGUCGAUCAAUGCGUCCAACAACUUCAACCUCAACAUCACCUGGUCUAUUGGAUCAACAGGUAACUUGUCUUAUUAGAUCGUCAUUUGCCAUAAAGUGGAUCAAUAUGGGCUAUAGUGAAUGUCUAUGUUUAUUUGACAGCAUGUUGAGGGCUUGUCCUCUCAUUUGAUUCUAUUGUCCACCUAGCUACGCUCACUACGGUCUACGGCAGAUAUCCCCCACUCAGCAUCAGACAGUGUACGACCCCCUGCACUACAGAAUCCAUUGUAGGCUGUUGUUAUACUGUAUUAUUCACCUAGGAUGGGAAAGAAACUCAUACAAUCUCUGAUGUACAAAGUCCCACUCUCUGUUUGGCAUCUUUUCCCAGAGGGAAUGGUACUUUUGUUGUUCUGGUCAGUGUCCCUAAUUAGACAGGAAUGUCUGUAAGGGAAAUGCCCCUCUUGACAAAAUGUAGUGGAGAUAUUUUUAAUUAUGGCAUUGGGAUUUUGAAGUGUUUUUGUGUGAUUUCAAUUAAGAUAAAACUUUGCCCAGACUGUACCAGGCCCAGAUUUUAUUUAUUUAUUUUUUUUGCUUGAUUUGAGAGGAAACUUCAGGGCUUGAAUAUAUGUGCAGAGCAAUUACAAGUUAUGUCACUGAUAAAUUGGUUGAGAUCAUCUUUUAUUAAAGCUGUCCCAAAGUCUGGCCUGUUAAUUCACUAUUCUUGAUAACGUCUUCAUUUUGGGACCACUUUAAAUAUAUAUGCAUGUCUCUGUUUUUUAAAGAAAGUAGAAUUCUACGCUCCUUACAUAUUUCAAGUUUUUUUUGGACAGAUCAAAAAUUACAAGGGAAUACAGAGUUGAAGAUGGGAGAAAGUUGGAAGGGUCGACUCAGGGAUUGUACCCCUGUCUUUGGUUACAUGUGUUGAGGGGAAGAGUGUUACCACUCAGCCACGGUUCUGCCACAACAUGUUCAUGCAUCGACAGUAUAAUUUCUGCUCUGAAACUGUCACUGUACUGGGCUCACUCUGGAUUCACUAUAUUUGGGAAUGCCACUUUUCUCUGUACUUUUUUUGACACUCGCUGGCUAAUCUGUCUUCUAAAACGCCACUAGUCUGGCUAAUCUGUCUUCUCUCUCGACUGUCAUCACAAAACUCUGUUUUGUUCGACUGGCACAACUGUCACAGCAGUACCUAUACCCUCUGUACAUACAGUACCAGUCAAAAGUUUGGACACACCUACUCAUUCAAGGGUUUUUACUAUUUUUUACAUUGUAGAAUAAUAGUGAAGACAUCAAAACUAUGAAAGAACACAUAUGGAAUCAUGUAGUAACCAAAAAAGUGUUAAACAAAUCAAAAUAUAUUUUAUAUUUGAGAUUCUUCAAAUAGCCACCCUUUGCCUUGAUGACAGAUUUGCACACUCUUGGCAUUCUCUCAACCAGCUUCACCUGGAAUGCUUUUCCAACAGUUCCCACAUAUGCUGAGCACUUGUUGGCUGAUUUUCCUUCACUCUGCUGUCCGACUCAUCCCAAAACAUCUCAAUUGGGUUGAGGUCGGGGGAUUUUGGAGGCCAGGUCAUCUGAUGCAGCACUCCAUCACUUUCUUUCUUGGUCAAAUAGCCCUUACACAGCCUGGAGGUGUGUUGGGUCGUUGUCCUGAUGAAUAAAAAAUGAUAGUCCCACUAAGCCCAAACCAGAUGGGAUGGCGUAUCGCUGCAGAAUGUUGUGGUAGCCAUGCUGGUUAAGUGUGCCUUGAAUUCUAAAUAAAUCACAGACAGUGUCACCAGCAAAGCAUCCCCACACCAAAACACCUCGUCCUCCAUGCUUUACGGUGGGAACUACACAUGCGGAGAUCAUCCGUUCACCCACACCGCGUCUCACAAAGACACAGCGGUUGCAACCAAAAAUCUCCAAUUUGGACUCCAGACCAAAGGACACAUUUCCACCGGUCUAAUGUCCAUUGCUUGUGUUUCUUGGCCCAAGCAGGUCUCUUCUUCUUAUUGGUGUCCUUUAGUAGUGGUUUCUUGCAGCAAUUCGACAUGAAGGCCUGAUUCACACAGUCUCCCUCUGAACAGUUGAUGUUGAGAUGUGUCUGUUACUUGAACUCUGUGAAGCAUUUAUUUAGGCUGCAAUUUCUGAUGCUGGUAACUCCAAUGAACUUAUCUUCUGCAGUAGAGGUAACUCUGGGUCUUCCAUUCCUGUGGCGGUCCUCAUCCUCAUAGCGCUUGAUGGUUUUUGCGACUGCAGUUGAAAAAACGUUCAAUGUUCUUGAAAUGUUCCGUAUUGACUGACCUUCAUGUCUUAAAGUAAUGAUGGAAUGUCAUUUCUCUUUGCAUAUUUGAGCUGUUCUUGCCAUAAUAUGGACUUGGUAUUUUACCAAAUAGGGCUAUCUUCUGUAUACCCCCCUACCUUGUCACAAUACAACUGAUUGGCUCAAACGCAUUAAGAAGGAAAGAAAUUCCACAAAAUAACUUUCAAGAAGGCACACCUGUUAAUUGAAAUGCAUUCCAGGUGACUACCUCAUGAAGCUGGUUGAGAGAAUGCCAAGAGUGUGCAAAGCUGUCAUUAAGGCAAAUGGUGGCUAUUUGAAGAAUCUCAAAUAUAAAAUAUAUUUUGAUUUGUGUAACACUUUUUGGUUACUACAUGAUUCCAUAUGUGUUCUUUCAUAGUUUUGAUGUCUUCACUAUUAUUCUACAAUGUUAAAAAUAGUAAAAAUAAAGAAAAACCCUUGAAUGAGUAGGUGUGUCCAAACGUUUGACCGGUAGUGUAUAUGUGUGCUUGACUAUCACCAACUGUACUAUCCUCUCAGUAUCCUUCCUUUGAUGUCUUACACUAUGACCCACCUCUCACCCCCAGCUGGCACCAUCUCUGGCGAGGAGGUUCCCAUCGUGUCCAAGACCAAUAUCCAGGAACACAGAGACAGCUUCUCCUGUGAGAAGUUCAACUUCCGGGUCAACUCCAACAUCACCUUCUAUGUCUAUGUCAGCAACUUCUCCUGGCCAAUCAAGAUCCAGGUAAGGUUCUGUCAGUAG